AUGCAAAGUAGUAAUACAAAUAAUGAAGAAAAACUCGCCGCUGGCAAACAAGAGAAAGAUCUAGGCAACGAAUACUUUAAAAAAGGAGAAGUGACGGAAGCUUUGCGACAUUAUCAUCAAGCUUUACUUCACUUGCAUGGUCUGCAGAAUAAUAAAACUUUUGCUGUUUUUCGAAAGGAACAGGAGGAAGAACCUAAGAAAGAUCCUAUACAAGAGGAAAUUAUGAAAACCACGAGUGUGAUUUAUAGUAAUAUUGCUGCAUGUCUUAUCAAAAAUCAAAAAUGGUCUCGAGCAAUUGAUAGUGCGAAUAAGGCUUUGAAGAAUGAUCCUGAUAAUACAAAGGCUUUAUUCCGUCGAGCUCAAGCUUAUAUCAAUGAAGGCAAUACGACUAGAGCUCGAGAAGAUUUAGAAAAAUUAUCAGCAAAGAACCCUGAAGAUGCGGCAGUUAAACGCGAAUGGCAUAAUCUUAGAUUGAAAGAUAAAGAACAAGAUGAAAAACAGCGUAGAGAUUUAAAAGGAAUGUUUGAACGUAAGUGGAAGUCAGAAGAAAAGGAAGAAGGAGAGAAGAAAAGUGAAAAUAAAGAUGAAAAAUUAACAAGUACCGCUGCUGGUAGCUCGAAAACAAGUGCAAUGGAACCUCGUUUUAUUGAACUUGAUGAGUAAAAUAAUUAUAAGUGGUAAAUUUUAUUAUAAUGCAGUUUUAAUAUUUCUUAACAAUUAUUAUACCUUUUAACCUAUCAUUACACGAUUAAGAAAUUAUUAUUUACUAAAUAUAUAUUAUUAUUUUUUUUUGAGAAUUAGGCUGAAUAUCUUUUGCUAUAAAGCGUUAAUUAUAAACAAUGUAUCUCACGUGAUUUAACGAUCUAUAUUAACAUUAUCUCACGUGACUUUACUAUUUUUUUUUUUUUUGUGUGUUAAGAAACUUUAGAAUUCAAGAGUUUCUGUUUGUAUUUUUUGUUAGAAUUUGUAGUAAUGCUAAAUUCAAUAUUAUAAAUAAAUAAAUUUCGAAUAAGAUUAAUUUAAUAAAAUAAACAGUGA